UCCGGUAAGAUGGCGCCAUUGCUUUGUCUUCUGUGAGACGAUCCAAUAUUCAGUCUUUUCUCGAGUAAAGACUUGUUUUUGAUAUUCGGGAUUUUCUGCAGUUGAGGAAAUCCCUUUGUUACCCCUCGAUUUGAGACGUACAAGAAAUGACUACAGACAUCAAAAGUAUCCAUGGUAGUUCCAGCAAGCUGAAUACAUUGGUGACAAAACUCCAUGAGUACAUGAGUUAUUCUGCAGAAGAGGAUAUUAAUGAGGCCCAAACGUCCGGUAAUAUGGCCUCUACGGAAUCAAACACAGCUGACCAAAUCAUGGAAGAGCCUGGGAGCUCCACAGAGACAGCAAAGCCCUCCUCUUCGAGAUCUAAGAGGAAACCCACUACUGUGACCAAGCACACUGGCCUAGAUCAGUCUGAUGACUCUGAGCAGCAGCAGAGUGAACAGGAGGAAGACCCCUCUGACAGCAACACAGAAAUGACCAGUUUACCAAAAGGCACUAUAGUGGUCAACCCCGAACCUGUAGAGAAUGAAUCGAAAGAUGAUUUCACGGGCCCCGAGUUCAAAAGCCGAAGCGCGAAGAGCAAAGGAGAGGUCCAAAGGAAACCUGUGGGAAAUGAAAUUUCACUUCAUGAAAGAGUGAAUUGCACAGCCUGUGGCCAGCAAGUCAAUCCUUAUCAGAGGGAUUCUGUCUUGGAGCAUCCCAUUUUAAAAGUUCUUAUCUGCAAGUCAUGUUACAAAUACUACAUGAGUGAUGACAUCAGCAAAGAUGCCGAUGGUAUGGAUGAACAAUGCAGGUGGUGUGCAGAAGGAGGAAACCUCAUCUGUUGUGACUAUUGCAGUAAUGCCUUCUGCAAAAAGUGCAUUUUACGCAACCUUGGCCGGAAAGAGUUGUCCGGGAUAAUGGAUGAGAGCAGCAAGUGGUACUGCUUUGUCUGUAGCCCUCAGCCCCUGGUGGACUUGUCCUCGUCCUGCAAUAAGAUCAUGCUGAAACUUGAGCAAUUGUGGCGUCGGGAACACAAGCCAAAAUCAGGCAAAUCGGAGCGCAAGCGAGACAAGGCCGCCCUCAACGGGAAGGAGCACCAUUCCGAGAGCUCUGGAACCUUGACGUUCUCCCCCAAGUUCCUACAGAUUCCAAAAGAGCUGGUCAAAAAGACGAAAAAGCUCAUAGAGACCACGACAGGCUUGAACAACACGUUUGUACAGUUCAUUCAGCAGGCCUCGAAAGACAAAGGGGCCAAGCCUUUGUUACGGUACCGCCAUCUCAAAGCUUUCAAGUCUGUGCUGGCUGACCUGAAGAUGGCCCAUGCCACCCUGGAGGAGGCCCUGGAGGUGGAGUUCAGAGAACUGGAGCUCCAGAACGGGGCCGAGGGCACAGUGGGUCACGCCGAAGUCGAGCAACAAACACCAGCUGAAGCCGAGCCCACUGAGCAGGCUGGGGCUGAUGAGGUCCAGAAUGACGAGGCUGUAGAUGGGUCUGAUGCGGAGGAGGACGCUGCAGAUUUUAUGGCCGCGGAUGAUGACGUGGAGAUGAAGGAUAGCCCCAUUCCCUCACCCCCGGAACAGGGUAAUGGCAGCGAAGUAGGGGAGGUGGACACACUCAGGGAGGAGGAAGAGGAGGAGGAUGAAGUCAAGCUGGAUGGAGACUGUGGCGUAGCGGAGGAUGGGAAUAUGCUGGACGGAGAUUCUUCAGAGCUUGACAGGGCGAUUCUCUCAGCCACACCCUCCAUCCCUGACGAACUGUUCCAGAUGGUCGAGAGUCUCGCGGACUCCACAAAGCUUGCUGCUGCUGAUGAGGCCAGAGAGGCCAAAGUCGCUGACUCGUCGGCCUCAGUGUCUUCGGCUGAAGAAUCCCAACCGAUAGAGCCCGACGAGGCUGGGGAAAAGUCCUCGGGGGCUCAGAAAAGGAUCGCUACCCUGGGCAAGAAGAAGCUUGUGGUGAAGCUAACCCCCAUGCCUCUCAGAGUCAGUUUGAAAACUGAGACGGUCAGCGAGGCCAAGGGUCGCGUCGAACGCGUCUCUCCGGAUGAUGGCCCCAAGAGCCGCCGAUCCCCUAGAGUCAAGACGACUCCCCUUCGCAAACCUUCUGAGAGCAAGGAUAAGGGUAAAAGCAACGGCAAGCAGGACGCAGACAAGAGGACCAAGGUGAAGACCACAAAGACCUCCAGUGACCAGGAGGAAGGGGCAGCAGCCAAGGUGUCGUCCACCCAAAUGGACUCCGACUCAGACGAGGUCCCUUCGAUCCUUGCUGAGAGGGCUGCCCAGGAAGCCAGCUCGGGGGAUGAGGCAGCGUCCUCUGGAAAGAAGGUGAAGAGGGAGGGCCGCAGUAACUCAGCGGCACGGUCCUCCGAGAGAAGGUCAACCAAACGCAAGCUUAACUUGAAGUCCACCUCCUCGGAGUCUGACCAAGAAUCGGGAACCAAGAAUAGCACGGCCAAGAGGGCAAGCAAGAGGACAAAGACAAAGACUGCCGGCUCAGAGUCUGAAAACUUCGACUCUGAUCUGGAGAAAGACAUGAAGAGCCUGGGUAAGCUUGGCACAGGCAAGAAAGGAGUUCGUAAGGUGAAACAGGAAAGCAAAGAGAUCCCUGAGAAGCCUGGCAAAACUAAGAAAAGGUCCUUCGAACGCACACGCAAGACCAGGAGAAGCAAGGCCAGUGCCAACCAAUCAUCUUCCUCUAGUGACAAUGAGGAAGACAAAGCAGAGGACUCUGCUGAGGACAGCGACGACAAGCAAAAGAUUCGGCCCCUUAUGGACUCUGUGAUGCCUGGAGUAGAGGCAUUCCAGCAGUCUUCAGGGGAUGAAGGUGGCGUCAAAGGUGAACCCUCUCAGAUGCCUGAGGAUGAUGACGAUGACCCAGAGAAUAGAAUUGCGAAGAAAAUGCUGCUUGCACAAAUCAAGGCCACUUAUUCGUCAGGGGCGGAGAGCUCUUCGGAGCACAGCGACUCCGAGCAGGAGGACGGAAAGCCAGCCAAGAAGGUCAAGAAUGGAAGCGGCGAGGAGAACGGAGAGGAUGGCGAUAGCUCAGAGGAUGACGAGGACUCUGAAGAAGACUCCGAUGGUAAAAAGAAGGGCCGGCGCCAUCGCUUGCUCCGACACAAGCUGUCGCUUAGCGAGGGCGAAUCAGGCACAGAGAAGUCAGCCAAAGGCGGGAAGAAGGAGAAAGGCAAAAAGAAGAGCAGGAGGAAAGUGGUCAGCGAUGAUUCGGCAGACUCUGACUUUGAGGGUUCACCGUCAAGUGAUGACGAUGGAUCUGCUCUCAGUGAGGAAGUCAGUGAAUCUGAGGGAGAAGUUGGCAACAAACGAAAAACCAGAUCUGCUAAGAAGGCGGCGAAGGAGAAGGAGGAGCGGAGCUACAAGCAGAAGCAGAAGAAGAAGCGGCGCCGCAUCAAAGUGCAGGACUCCUCCAGCGGCAAGAGUGGGGAGGAGGAUGAGGAGGAAGGAGAAGAGGGCGAAGGAGAUGGAGAAGGAGACGACGACGACGACGACGACAAAGGAACACCAAAAGGCCGCAAGAAGAUCCGGAAGAUUCUGAAGGAAUCCAAGCUGCGGAUGGAGACGCGAGACGCUCUGAAGGAGGAGGAGGACAGGAGGAAGCGCAUCGCCGAGAGAGAGGCACUGAGGGAGAAACUGCGGGAGGUGAUCGUGCUGGACGAGGCGUCUCAGGUGAUCGUGGUGGACGAUUCGUCCCAGGUCGCCUGUCCUAUCACCACCAAGCUGGUGCUGGACGAGGACGAGGAGACCAAAGAGCCGCUUGUGCAGGUGCACAGGAACAUGGUCACCAAGCUCAAGCCUCACCAGGUGGACGGUGUGCAGUUCAUCUGGGACUGCUGCGUUGAGUCUGUGAAGAAGACCAAGAAGUCCUCCGGGUCGGGCUGCAUUCUGGCCCAUUGUAUGGGUCUAGGGAAAACGCUUCAGGUGGUGACGUUCCUCCACACCAUGCUGCUGUGUGAGAAGCUGAACUUCACCACGGCUCUGGUCGUGUGUCCACUCAACACCGUCCUCAACUGGAAGAACGAGUUUGAGAAGUGGCAGCAUGGCUUCAAGGAUGAAGAGAGCUUAGAGGUGGUGGAGCUGGCCACCGUGAAGCGUCCUCAGGAGCGGGCGUACGCCAUGCAGCGCUGGCACGAAGAUGGCGGCGUGCUGAUCAUCGGCUACGAGAUGUACCGCAACCUCACGCAGGGGCGCAGCAUCAAGAGCAAGAAGCUCAAAGAGACCUUUCAGAAGACCCUGGUGGAUCCAGGCCCUGACUUUGUGAUCUGCGACGAGGGCCACAUCCUGAAAAACGAGGCGUCGGCCAUCUCCAAAGCCAUGAACAGCGUCAAGACCCGCAGGAGAGUUAUUCUCACCGGAACACCACUGCAAAAUAACCUCAUUGAGUACCACUGCAUGGUGAACUUCAUCAAAGAGAACCUGCUGGGUUCCGUCAAAGAGUUCCGGAACCGUUUCAUCAACCCCAUCCAGAACGGCCAGUGCGCGGACUCCACCCCGCAGGACGUGCGGCUCAUGAAGAAGAGGGCGCACAUCCUCUACGAGAUGCUGGCAGGAUGUGUCCAGGAUGCCUUCCUGGCGGAGAUGCUGCAGAACCAUAAGGACCAGCUGGUGCACUACCACGAGCACGACUCUCUGCUGGACCACAAGGAGGAGGAGGCCCUCAGCGAGGAGGACCGCAAGGCAGCCUGGGCAGAGUACGAGGCUGAGAAGAAGGGUCUGUCUCUGCGCACCAAUCAGCAGGCGUAUCACAUGGGCAUGGGCAACCAGCCCUACUUCCCCAUCAACAUGGCCGCCCUGGCCACCAUGACCAACCGGGAGCUGGAGGAUCUGGUGAAUCAGGGUCGGCAGAAGGUGAUGGAGACGAGCAACGCCAUCAACUCACUGGUGUCAGAGCCACUGGAGGACCUGAUCAGUCGCAUCUGGAAGGAGAACCCCAGCCUGGAGGAGUCGCGGGUGCAGGCGCUGGCCCAGGCGCAGCAGGCCACCAUUGAGCGGGAGCGGCAGCGCAUCGAGGUGGCGUACCGGGACGUGCUCCACAAGCAGCAGACGCUGAUGAUGUAUGUGCAGAAGGUGCUGAACAACCGCAAGGUGCAGGAGCAGCAGAUCGCCAUGGCCAAGCAGGGCCUCCUGAUGAACCAGCUGGCGCUGCAGAACGGCAUGAUGGGCACGGGCAACCUCAACCAGAUGGAGCUGCUGGGCCUCUACCAGCACCUGCAGCAGAUGCAGGGUAUGGGGGGCAACCCUGGGCCCUCAAAGGGCCUGUAGGCGGCACCUUCGCCCAGCCACCGCCGCCACCAACGCCCCUCUCCUACCCCCCACAGCGUCGCCGAGGCCGAGGCUACUGCUGCUGCCAACCCCGCUCUCCGCAGCUUCACCA